AUGUCGUCCCUCCGCAACGCCGUCGCCCGACGGCCUCACAAAGAGCGAUCCCAGCCCCAAUCCCGCGAGAAAUGGGGUCUGCUAGAAAAACACAAGGACUACUCGCUGCGCGCGCAGGACUACAACACCAAGAAGAAGAAACUGGCCCAAUUGUCCCAAAAAGCCCGCGAGAAGAAUCCCGAUGAGUUCGCCUUUGGUAUGCUGAGCCAGGGCAAGGCCGGCUUGGGCAAACACAAGGCUGCUUCUACUGCCACCGCACCGGGACCCUUGAGCCAUGAUGCGGUCAAACUCCUCAAGACCCAGGAUGCAGGAUAUUUGAGGACGGUCGCGGCCAGAGGGAGGAAAGAGAUUGAAAAGCUGAAGCAGGAGGUUGGUAUGGAUGCUGUGACUGUGGCGGGUGGUGUGCUGGGUAAAAGAAAAGUAUUUGAUGACGGAAAUGAAGAACCUGGUUCCACCCGAGGCAAAAAGCGAACUUCGGAUGGCGAGGUCCGAGUCGUCGGGGACACUCUUGUGAAUGGGACUUCUGGCGAAGUGGAGCAACAGCAUCUCAGUUCUGAGGACGAGAAUGAUGUUGUAGACCACAACCCGCCAUCUACCAAGCGCAAGUCGAAAAAGGCAUUGGCGGCGGAACAAGAUGCAGCGGCACGGCUUCGCGCAGAGCGGAAGAAGAGAAGACGGCUACAAGAGAUGCGGGUUGCGAAGCUCGAGGCGCUCAGGAAGAGACAGCGGGAAAUCCUUGCGGCUGCCGACGAACUGGAGCUGCAACGCGCCAAGAUGGCAAGGACUGUUGGAGGGGUCAACAAGAAUGGAGUCAAAUUCAAGAUCCGGGAGAGGAAGAAGUAG